CCACGGGUGGCGCUGAAUUGACAAGCGAGUGGUUGAGUCCGGUCAUCCUUAACAGUGUCCACCAGCGCCCACCAGGUUUAAAGUCAGGAAGAAUUGACGAGAUAGUGUUAAGAAAGGCAUCUCAUUCGCCUUGCUGGACAGAUGUCAAAUGAACCUUAUUUAUAUGGAAGCGUGCGCGUGAGGAUCCAUCAUGCUGAGAUUAACUCGAAGACUUUACCAACAAAUCCGUCAUUCUGGCCAUAUCCAGCAUUGGCAGAAGUGUGUGUCUCCCACUCGAUCUUGCCACACUGAGUUUAAGAAAACAAGUGUUACAUCUUCAGGCCUUGAGUACAUGGUUUAUUACGAGGAGUAUGGUCCGGCUGAACCUGCUGGAGUGGUCAUGUGUUUCCAUGGUGAUCCUGGCGCAUCCAGCAAUUUCCAGGAGUUGCUUCAACCUCUUGUUGAUCGAAACUUGCGCAUUAUAAUCCCCAACUUCCCAGGUUAUGGGACGACACAUGCGACUAAAGAUAGCAGCGGGAAGAGUGACAGUUUGGAUCGCGAUGGGAGGAGUCAACUUAUGUCUGACUUCAUCGAUUCACUCCAAUUAAAAAGACUGGAUGUGGUGGUGAGUCACAGUGCAGGCACAUGGUCAGGUAUCACUGUGUCAGCUCAUCAUCCUGCUGUCAAGUCCGUCUGCUUCAUGAAUCCUUGUGCACACAGACCUCAUAGAGCUUUGCGGCCAUUCAAAUUCAAGAGGUGGUGUUGUGGAUUACUACAUACACCUCUAAAGAUUGUAGUGCAACCUCUGCUCCUGACGAUUUAUAAACUCAUUGGCUUCACGUCAAGUUUUGAUAUUCGACAGCUUGUGACAUCUGCCUUGGUCUCAUUCGCGUUGGACUUUAAGAAGAUAAAUGAGGACAUACGAUUACUGAAGGCAAGGAAUCUCCCAUCUGUCGUAGUUAUGACAAAGAACGAUAAAAUAGUUGAGUGGAGUGUUCAGUACGAGUUAGGAUCUCUGAUCGGGAUUCCACAUGAACACUGCGUGGAAUAUAACCGGGAUGGCGGGGCCACUCAAGGGGAAAAGAACAAAGACUUCCUAGUUUAUGGGACGUUCAAGAAAGCACUGAGUUUUGCACGCGGCGGCCACUACGUACAGCGAUCAUACAAGGAAGAGAUCUCCAGGCAUAUAGUCCAGCUGAUAGAGAAUGCAAAGAACCCUGUGUAGAAUACUUCUAAACUGUGAACCUCAAGGUCAUCUAACCUCAAGGUCAUCUUGGACUUCCUCUGCCAAGAGAAGAACUAACAAAAUCCCUCCAAUCGUUGCCGAGGGUGGAGACGAAUGUCCACAUUACCAGGUUGUCCCACUCAGAGCACUUUGUCCCUUGCAGAUCAGAAACAAAGUAUGGAGAUCAGACUUGUACAAAUGUUGCCCCUGCACUGUGGAACAAGCUGCCCAGUAACACCAAGGCAGCCAAUACAUGUACAAUGAACCAGUCCAAAACACGUCUCCAGUCGUGGAUGUUAAAACCUAUUACAAUCAUUUGUCCGAGUGAGGAGAACCGUGCUUUGUGCAGUGCAACUUGGAGAGAUUUGUAACUUUAUCAGUGAUUAUCAACUAUGCACCUCUGGUGAUUUUAAUGUAUUAUUUUGUCAAUUUGCACAUCAAGAACUAUGAUUAAUGACAUAUCCCUUUGCUCCAUCUCUUCUCAAGUUUUGUGUAAGAGCCGGUAAACUUGAGCCUCAUCCAUGGAACUGCUGCUGGUUAUCAAAGUGGAUUUGAUGCCCUUUCAAUGUUUUUUAUAAGAUUUUAUGCCAGUCUAGCCUUGUGUAAUAAAUACUUUGGGUUAUCAAAGUGUAUUUGAUAACCAUUGCUUGUUUUUUACAAGCUUUUUAUGUACCAGCUAGUCUUUGCCUAAGACACUGCAUCAGACUUCACCUGAAGCAGAAGGGAGGAGUGGAAUUCAUGUAGUGUAGUUUACAACUGUUAACAGAUUAUAUAUCCUGGUCAGUAUUGAAUAUUUCACCACAACAGAUUAUACUGUAUACAUGAGAUUCUUAUCUGUACAGCCAAAGGCUCGGAAUAUAUCCCUUGGACGACUUGGUCAUUUACAAGACCUUGUUAGUCAGUGUGUCUUAAGUGAUCACUCACAGCUGAUAGUCUUGUUGUAGAUAUUAAUACUUUUACAAUGGUUGCAGCAUCUCUUGACAAUAUUGAUAUUAAUGUAUGUUUCAAAUCUGUAUUCAUCAGAUUGAAUUGUACUCUUGGCUGAAUACUUUCACAGCAGUUGCAUGCAAUGGUUUUGGUAUCCCAAUAUUCAUGUGAAUGUUGU